CCUCCAUCUACCAAACAUCGACAUCGCAUCUAUCCAUGGCCAAAAGGCCUAAUGAACUACCAUGGGUGUUACCGGCCUUUGGACUGUGCUCCAGCCCUGCGCUCGUCCCAUCAAGAUCGAAACGCUGAACAAAAAGCGCCUCGCUGUUGACGCCUCCAUCUGGAUCUACCAGUUCCUCAAAGCCGUGCGCGAUAAAGAGGGAAACGCUCUGCGAAAUAGUCACAUCGUUGGCUUCUUCCGCCGAAUAUGCAAACUGCUGUUCUUUGGCAUCAAGCCCGUCUUCGUUUUCGAUGGCGGCGCUCCUACGCUCAAGCGACAGACCAUCAAUAACCGGAAGCAGAGGCGGGAGGGCAGAAGGGAAGACGCUGUGAGGACUGCGUCGAAGCUUCUGGCCCUCCAAAUACAGAGGCUUGCUGAAGAGGAAGACCAGAAGAGGAAUAAUGCGCGCAAGCAUCCACAAGAAGAAGAGGAGACUCUUCCCGAUAACCUUGUCUAUGUCGAGGAAUUGGAGAUGACGCCUGAGCAGCGCCAGAAGAACCGAAAGUUUAAGAAGAAAGACCAAUACCACCUCCCCCAACUCGAUGUCUCCCUUGCGGAAAUGGGCGGACCGAACGAUCCCAGAAUUAUGUCGCUGGAAGAGUUGGAACAUUAUGCGCGGCAAUUCGAUACCGGCGAGGACAUCAACGUCUAUGACUUCUCGAAAAUCGAUUUCGACAGCCCUUUUUUCGUUAGUCUGCCCGCCGCGGACCGAUACAAUAUAUUGAAUGCUGCAAGGCUGAGGAGUCGGCUCAGGAUGGGGUACUCGAAAGAGCAGCUGGACAACAUGUUUCCCGAUCGCAUGGCAUUUUCGAAGUUCCAGAUUGAACGUGUGACGGAACGUAACGACCUUACACAACGCUUAAUGAAUAUCAACGGCAUGGCAGACGAUUCAAUGUUUGGUGUUAAUAGUGCAAACCGGGUUGCCGGAGAGAAGGGUCGGGAAUACGUGCUUGUCAAAAAUGACGGCGUCGAAGGUGGGUGGGCGUUAGGGGUGGUCACAAAUAAGGACGAGGGUGUGAGGAGCAAGCCCAUCGAUGUAGACAAAAUAUCAGAACCCGUCAAUGUAGACGAUGAUGAUUGGGAGUCCGAGGAAGAAUUCGAGGACGUUCCCAUCGAAGGUCUCAAUCGUUUGCCCAGACAGAAUCGCAUCCGUCCCGUAUCAGAGCAAAUGGAAAAUGUUACUCCACGCCGGCCAUAUUCUUCUGGUCAACAGGAUCCUUCCAAACGCCGCAAGCGUAAGCCCACUGCAAAGGAUUCACUGUUUGUUGCUGAAGACGUGGAAGACGAGGAAUGGGAAGAAGUUGAUAUUGGUCAAGGUGUUGACGACUUGUUUGAAGAAGCUCCCGCUGAGAAUGACGACGAGGAGCUCCAACUUGCGAUCGCAAUGUCCCUUGGCCAAGAUGAACCACAAGACACAAAUCCGGAGAAAGAUGAAGACGACGACUAUCUCGAGGUCUUCCAGCAGCAACGCGUGGAGGAGACUCAGCCGUUCUCCAAAGGUUCGGGGCUCGCGAUUGCGCGUACUGCCAAUAUGCGCAGCAGCAAACUCGCCCCGAAGGGUGCAGUGAGCGAUAGUGAAGAUGACGGUAUUGACUUCCAAGCUGCCCUCGCGGAAUCGAGGAAGUCCAAACGACCGCCCGCCGCUGUGAACCAACAGGCUAAGAGGGAUGCAAUUGCACCUCCUUUAGUAGCACAAUCAAGUCAAAGUAGUAAAGCGCCUGGCUUCGAUGGCCCACUUCCUUUUGAGAAGCUCAAUCUUGGUAGCUCGCUUCUGGGGAAGAAAAAGCUGAAGAAGCUGGAGGAAGCCAACGCAGGCGGAUUUGAGAAAGAUGUUGAACAGAAAGACAAAUCUGAGCCGCUUCCACCAUGGUUCUCUGGAGAUCUACAAGAAGAUAUGGCAGCCCAGAAAGAGAUAGAGAGGGAAGAGCGGCAGCGAGAUCAAAAGGUUCUGGAAGAGGAGUUCCAAUUUCAGCAGCCGCCGAGGUUGCGGAAACACGAUAUGCUUGAGGUGAUUGAUCUUGAAGAUUCUCAACCAAAGAGCCAGCAAGUUUUUGUAGUGGAGUCUUCUGAUGAUGAGAAAGAGGACGACAUCGAAAUGGAAGAUGUGGUCAUCCACAAUCCUCCGAUCCGCAUGGGCGAUCUGGCUGAGAAAGCGAGGGCAGAUCCACCUCCACCAUUGCCUGAAGGAAAAGAAAUUCCCAGCCAGCAAGCCCCCUUGCCUCCACAGCCUACGAACGGAGACCAGAAGGAGUCGGAAGAUGAGGCUAUAGAUUGGUCCGAAAGCGAAGGAGAGGGAAAUGGUAACAUUGAAAGUGGCCUUCCUCCGACUUCACACACGCCUGCAAACCCUGUAGCACAAGCAUCAAAAUCUCUGUCACCCGAGUUUGAAGAUGUGGCGAUCGAUGGCGUACCGGCUCCCUUCGAUUCAGGAGAACCUUCAUCAACCGCGAUUGAAGAAUCGGUUCCCGCCGUUGUUCCUGCUUCGGGUCUUGCAGACGACAACGCCCCAUUAGAAAUCCCCGACGACGACGACUCAAGCGUCUACUCCGACCCAGAAGACGCCGAACUCUUCGCCUCUCUAGCCCAAGAAGCCGAAGAACACGCCCGCUUUGCCUCCACCCUCAACAGCACCGCCGCUCCCAUCAACUUCGACCAAGAGCUCAAACAGCUCCGCUCACAGCAAAAGAAAGACCGCCGCGACGCCGACGAAGUUACCCAGACCAUGGUAGCUGAAUGCCAGCACCUCCUCACUCUCUUCGGCCUCCCCUACAUCACCGCCCCCAUGGAAGCAGAAGCGCAAUGCGCCGAGCUCGUCUCCCUCAGCCUCGUCGACGGCAUCGUUACGGACGACAGCGACACCUUCCUCUUCGGCGGCACCCGCGUAUACAAAAACAUGUUCAACGCGGCCAAGUUCGUCGAGUGCUACCUCCUCUCCGACCUGACCAACGAAUUCGCCCUCACGCGCGAGAAACUCAUCGCCAUCGCGCAGCUGCUGGGCUCUGACUACACGACGGGCAUCCAGGGCAUCGGUCCCGUCACCGCCCUCGAGAUCCUCAGCGAGUUCGACACCCUCGAGAACUUCAAGGAGUGGUGGUCCGGCGUCCAAACCGGCGUUAUUCCGAAGGAAGCGGAUAAGGGGAACCAGUGGCGCCGCCGAUUUCGCCGCACGAAUACCGCGAAGCUCUUCCUGCCGCCGGGCUUCCCGGACCCGCGCGUCGCGGAGGCGUACUUCAAACCGGCGGUCGACGAUGACCCGCAGGCGUUUCAGUGGGGUGUCCCGGACCUCGAUGCCCUGCGCUCGUUUUUGUCGAGCCAGAUUGGGUGGAGUGCGGAGCGCACGGAUGAGGUGCUUGUGCCUGUGAUUAGGGAUAUGAAUCGAAGGGAGAAGGAAGGGACACAGGCGAAUAUCACAAGGUUUUUUGAGGGGAGUGUGGGUGCUGGGGCGUUUGCGCCGAGAGUGCGGGAUGGGCCUGCUGGGAGGGGGAGUGGAAAGGGUGGGGCGGGGAAGAGGCUAGGGAGGGCGUUGGGAAAGUUGGCUGAGAGGGGAGGGAAGGGUGUGAGAGAGACAGAUGAUGCGGAUGGGCCUUCUCAAGAGGAUGUGAAUGCUGGCGAGGAAGAAGGGGAUACGGGUGGUCGGGCCAAGAGAAAGAAGGGCAAGGCGCCACCGCGGAAUAAUGAUACGGCAUCAAGUGGUCAAGAUGAUGACGACCUAUACGCUGAGCCUCCCAAAAAGGCUCGCAAGAGUACAAAUGGAGGAGCGAGAGGGAGAGCGAGAGGGAAGGGGAAAGGAAAAGCCUGAGCUUGUAAGUAAUGGGAAUCACGUAGCUGUUGUAGCCGUCAGAUACUUUCGACUGCUUGCUUGGUCAAAACUUCAUAAGUAGCACUAUCUAUAAUAAAGAGCAAUCAUCUCUUGAAAGCGCAAAUCGCCUCAUAUCUCGUAACUACGCAAGCUCUCCACGCCACAGACCUU